UGCCCCCUGAAACGGUGCCAAGACGUGUCCGGUGCCCCCUGCGUGCGGGCUUGAAGCCCGGAGGCCAAGGAGCCGUCCCGGAGCUCCAGACGGGAAGGUGCCUGCAACUCAGACAGGAUCAUAUUCAUCCUUGGACCCUCCAGCCCUCUCACCAGGACACCAGAGACGCCUGGGUCUUCAUUCCCAGCUGAUUGGUUAAGGAGCUGUCGGGGAGGGAGACUCCUGAGCCAGUGUGCCAAUGACAGUCCCUGGAAGCACGCAUCCUGCCUGAAACCUCAUUAGAGCGGAACGGGCUUCUGUGGAGCGCGGCGGCGUGGCGCCCAGACGGCAGCGUUUCGACUGCAAUCAGCGCGGCCGGCCGGCACAGUCUGCGAGUGUCGUGGUGCCAGGUGCCAGGUACCGUCCUAGGAACCGGAAAUACCACAGUGAGCCAACCCGACCCGCUGCAGCUCUGGUGGGAUUCAUAGGCCGGAGGGCUCAGCUGAUAAUGAAAGAAGCAAGAGAAGCAUAUGUGUCCGUGGAAGAAAAGAACCUGACACGGCAGGGAGAGAGGCAGGUGUUUGACUUCAGGUCAUGUAGCCGUGGAGGAGCCCGAGGGACUGAGCAGGGGCUGCAGAGUGGCAGGAGCCCAGGUGCAGUGCUGACCUAGGAGAACAUGGCGCCAGGUGGCGGUGACGAGAGAACAGACUCCAGGCCGAGGCUCUGGGGCACGGACGGAGGGAGGAAGCCAGUCUCUUAGUUGGUGCCAUAAACAUCAGAUGGAUGGUUUCUAGCCUGCUCCCCAACCCCCCCUCGGCCGAGUGCUGGGCGGCCCUCCUGCGCGAGCCCAUGACGCUUGAUAUGGACGCGGUCCUGUCAGACUUUGUUCGGUCCACGGGGGCAGAACCUGGUCUGGCCAGAGACCUGCUGGAAGGCAAGAACUGGGACCUGACGGCCGCCCUGAGCGACUAUGAGCAGCUGUCUCGCCCCACCCAGUGCCUGAGCCCCGAAGUCCGCCUCCUGCUCAGGCUGUCCCCUGAGAACCCCUUCCGAGCGUCUGGCUGUUCGCCGGGACCCAGCGUCCCAGCCGAAUUAGAACCUCCGUCUCCCCCCACCCCUUUCCCCUCUGCAGAAAAGCGCCUGUCCCGAGGCAUCUCCCACGCCAGCUCGGCCAUCGUGUCCCUGGCGCGGUCCCACGUGGCCAGCGAGUGCAGCAGCGAGCAGUGCCCCCUGGAGAUGCCCAUCUACACCUUCCAGCUGCCGGACCUGAGCGUGUACAGCGAGGACUUCAGGAGCUUCAUUGAGCGGGACCUGAUCGAGCAGGCCACCAUGGUGGCCCUGGAGCAGGCAGGUCGCCUGAACUGGUGGUCCACGGUGUGCACCAGCUGCAAGCGGCUCCUGCCUUUGGCCACGACGGGCGACGGGAACUGCCUCCUGCACGCGGCCUCCCUGGGCAUGUGGGGUUUCCACGACCGCGACCUGGUCCUGCGGAAAGCGCUCUACACCAUGAUGCGGACGGGGGCCGAGCGGGAAGCCCUGAAGCGGAGGUGGCGGUGGCAGCAGACGCAGCAGAACAAGGAGAUGGACUCAGUGGCGCGCUGGCCAGGGUCCAUGGAGGUCCGAUCGGAGGGAGGCAUCCGGUCUCCAACACACCCCCUUCCCAUCGGCGCGGUGACAGCUGGCCUUGCUCUGUCCUGCAGUGUGGACAACGCCGAGGACCCCGUGUACGAGAGCCUGGAGGAGUUCCACGUGUUCGUCCUGGCCCACAUCCUGAGGAGGCCCAUCGUGGUCGUGGCCGACACGAUGCUGAGGGACUCGGGCGGGGAAGCCUUCGCCCCGAUCCCGUUCGGAGGGAUUUACCUGCCCCUGGAGGUGCCUCCCAACCGCUGCCACUGCUCCCCCCUGGUCCUCGCCUACGACCAGGCGCACUUCUCCGCCCUGGUGUCCAUGGAGCAGCGGGACCAGCAAAGGGAGCAAGGUCCCGCCCUCCCUGUCCGCCUCCUCCGCCCACAGGCUCCGCUGGCGCAGCCGGAAUCCCCGACGGCCUCGGCGGGCGAGGACGUGCAGUCCCUGGCCGACUCCCUCGACUCCGACCGCGACUCGGUGUGCAGCAAUUCCAACAGCAAUAACGGCAAAAACGGCAAGGACAAGGAGAAGGAGAAGCCGCGCAAGGACAAGGACAAGACCCGCGCCGACUCCGUGGCCAACAAGCUGGGCAGCUUCAGCAAGACGCUGGGCAUCAAGCUGAAGAAGAACAUGGGCGGCCUGGGCGGCCUGGUGCACGGCAAGAUGGGCCGCGCCGGCUCCGCC